AUGGCUCACCUCUUGUUGGCCCUCUCGGCGUCCUUGCCCGAGAGCGGUGCUGACACCUCUGCCGUGGGCUUCUGCGACGCGGCGUUGCACGCGUUCGCUCUGGUGACGCGGGAGCUCGGGCGGACGAUGUCCUAUCUUGUGCAGGCUCGUCGUCAGGUGUGGCUUGCUCAGUCCCCCCUGACUGAGCCUGCCCGGAGGACGCUCCGUGACGUUCCGGUUGAACCCGGCCAUCUUUUUGGCUCGGCGGCGGUGUCUGCCUUGGAGAGGACUAUUUCGGCCCGUGUGGGCUGGGGGCUCCCUCUGCUGGUUUUCGUCCUCGCCGUGCGGCGCACCUUUCCCCUGAUGGGGGCUAUGGUGCCCAGCCAGCCUCCCGGCAUUCAGCCGAUUCCUUUCGUGACCCCGCCCGCUUGCCUCCACGUCGGGCGCAGGCGGGGCCUCCCGCCCGCCAGCCCCCCAGGGCCCGUCGGGGCCGGAGGGGCAGGGACUGAGGCCGUUGGGCCGGCCGUCGGAUUUUUUUCCCACCAGCUGCUCAGGUACUGGGCUGCUCGAGUUUCGGACCCCUGGGUGAUAUCCACCUUGACCCAUGGGUACGUGCUCCAGUUCCGACGCCGGCCCCCCGUGUCCCGCCGGGUCCGGGUGACUACUGUCUCGGACCCGGCGAGGGCUCUGGCUCUGAGCCGGGAGCUGUCUUCUCUCCUGGCCAUGGGGGCCAUCGAGCCUGUGGAUCCCCGGGCUUGCCCCCGGGGUUUUUACUCAACUUAUUUUCUGGUUCCGAAGAAGACCGGCGGUUUUCGGCCGGUUCUGGAUUUGCGGGGCCUCAAUCGGUACCUGAAGGUACUUCCGUUCCGCAUGUUGACCGUCGCGGAUGUAUUGCGGGUGGUCGCCCGGGGGGAGUGGUUCACCUCCGUGGACCUGAAGGACGCCUACUUUCAUGUGCCGGUCGCUCCUCGCCACAGGCGGUUUCUCCGCUUCGCCUACAGGGGUCGCCACUGGCAGUUCAGGGUGCUCCCCUUCGGGCUCUCCCUUUCCCCGAGGGUGUUCUCCCGUGUUGUGCGGGCUGGUCUGGCUCCCCUCCAGUCGGUGGGCAUGAAGAUUCUGCCCUACCUCGACGACUGGCUGCUGUGUGCGCCGUCGCGCGCUCAGGCGUACGGCGAUACGGCAGUCCUUCUUGCCCACGUGGAUCGCUUGGGCAUCAGGGUGAAUUUGGGGAAGUCGUGUCUGGUUCCUUCCCAGCAGGCGACCUUCCUCGGGGUGUCUCUGGACUCGGUGACCAUGUUGGCUCGACCGUCGUCCCGUCGGGUGGAGGCCGCUCUUCGCCUCCUCUCGCAUUUUCCGGUGGGUCAAGUACGUCCGUAUCUGACCUUUCUGCGUCUUUUGGGCGUGCUGACGUCCCUGACCGCGGUCGUGCCCCUUGGUCUUCUCUUCUUGCGCCCCCUGCAGCGUUGGCUGAAUGGCUUUCGCCUGGACGCCAGGCGGCACCGACGACGGUUACUGAGAGUCUCCGGCCGGUGCGCGGUGGCCUUGGCGCCGUGGAGGAACGGGGUUUUCUUGUUGGAGGGCGUUCCAUUGGGGGUUGCCCCAGUCCGUCGCGAGGUGGUCACUACGGACGCCAGUCGCUUGGGAUGGGGUGCCGUCUGGCAGCGCAGGGCUGCUCGGGGCAGCUGGUCUCUGCGGGACCACGCUGUCCACAUCAACGUCCUGGAGCUGCGUGCGGUUCACCUGGCUCUCCGGCACUUUUACCCUUUCCUACGGGGAAGGCACGUGCUGGUGCGUUCAGACAACGCUGCCGCCGUGUACCACAUCAACCACCAGGGGGGCACGAGGUCCGCUCAUCUCUUGGAGGCCUCCCGCCGUCUUCUUGUGUGGGCGGCCCCUCGUCUUGCGAGUCUGCGGGCCGCCUAUCUUCCCGGCCAGUUGAACCGUCUGGCGGACUCCUUGUCCCGCCGUCGCCUCCCGCCGGGGGAGUGGCGCCUCCAUCCCGAGGUGGUGCGCGCGAUUUGGGGAGUUUUCGGCCAAGCCGAGGUGGACCUCUUCGCCUCCCGGGAGUCGGCCCAUUGCCCUCUCUGGUUUUCCCUGGGGGAGCGCUCCAGCCCUCUCGGUCAGGACGCGCUGGCCCACCCCUGGCCGAGGGUCCUGCUCUACGCCUUCCCGCCGCUCCCUCUGAUCUGGCUGACGCUUCGGAGGGUGUCUUUGGAGGGGCACUCAUUGCUGCUGGUGGCCCCCUUCUGGCCGGCUCGCCUAUGGUUUCCCCUGCUGCGCAGCCUGUGUGUCGGCGAGCCUUGGUGCCUCCCCGAGAGGCGGGAUCUACUGUCCCAGUUGGGGGGCCAGUUAUGGCAUCCCGAUCCUCGCCGUCUCCGCCUGCACGUCUGGCCGCUGAGGGGACCGACUCGCUGUUUGACGCCUGCUCGAGUUCAGUCAGGCGGACGCUUUUGAACGCCCGGGCGCCCUCCACCCGGCUGCAGUACGCUGGCCGGUGGAGGUUGUUCGUGAAGUGGUGCGGGGACCGUGGGGAUGACCCGGUCUACGUCGCUGCCAUCUCUGCUCAUCACGCCAAGGUCUCUGGUGGAUCUGUGGGGAACCACGGCCUGGUCGCUACAUUCCUCAAGGGGGCUCUGAGGCUCCACCCCCGCAGGUGUCCUCGCGCCCCGGUCUGGGAUCUGCAGC